GUAGAUGUUUGUUUCAACAGCAUCUCAGUAAUUUCAGUAAUUAUUGCGCAUUAUUUGGUAAAACAAUUGAAUUUUUGAAAUGUGCUGAUACUGAUUUCAUUAUUUCCGCAAGAAGUUGUUUUUUGUGACACUUGUCACAAAUAAGUUGGAAGUGCCCUGAAAAGCCAAAAAGGCUUUGAUACGAGACUAUCGGUGUGUGUGAGCGUUGUGUAAAAAAGGAAGCGACUAAAAAAUUACAUAAAGAAAAAGAAACGUUGAAGCUCUUUAUUCGCCAACGAAAUAAAGACGAACAAGAUCCGUCAGCUGAGCAAGUAAAAUUUGUCCAGUCACAAAUUUUGCUGAUUUAACGAAGGCCUAUAGGAUAUUUCCAGAACCAGGCAACAGCAGCUGCUAGAGAAAACAAAAUGUCAACUCCAGCUCGCAGACGUCUCAUGAGAGAUUUCAAAAGACUCCAGGAAGACCCUCCAACUGGCGUUUCCGGAGCACCUACAGACAACAAUAUUAUGAUUUGGAAUGCUGUGAUUUUCGGUCCACACGAUACACCUUUUGAAGACGGCACUUUUAAGCUUACGAUAGAAUUCACUGAGGAAUACCCAAAUAAGCCGCCAACAGUUCGUUUCGUAUCUAAAAUGUUUCACCCCAACGUGUAUGCUGAUGGGGGCAUUUGCUUGGAUAUUCUACAGAAUAGGUGGAGUCCUACUUACGAUGUGUCAGCUAUUUUGACCUCAAUACAGUCGCUGCUCAGUGAUCCUAACCCAAAUUCACCUGCAAACUCGAUGGCAGCACAACUUUAUAAGGAGAAUCGUCGAGAAUAUGAAAAGCGAGUGAAAGCGUGUGUUGAACAGAGUUUCAUCGACUAGCCCCAUUCGCCAAACUGUUACAAUUGCCGGUGUAGUUUUCCUCUAUCAGCGAAUCUUCGUUACCUAUUUCCCAUAAAAAAAAUUCAACGCUGUUCAGUGUCUCGUUGUUACAGUCAUGACUCUGAUCAUUAAACACGCUCUGAAAAUAUGCAAAUAAUUCUUUAUAGGAGGUACUUUCCAUACUCUCUACGCGCAGAUGCUAGUAGUAUCAGGUAGCGAUACAUACAUGAAAAUUAUCACAACUCGUAACAAUAUAUGAGAAGAUAACUAAUCACAAGUACUAAUAAAUAUUCGGAUCGUGCAGUAAGUUUAACAAAAGUAUAGAGGCGCACUACGCUGCAAACAAGCUGUUCAGUUAUGAAUGGGAAUCAUCCGGCAAAAGCAAAAUACAGAGAUCAUUUACCGAAUCAAGUCAAAAGUUGAUACAAGAAAGCACGGACAGAGUAUGUUAAAUAUAAAUUGAUACUAAAUCACACGUAUGCACAUUGAUGAUUACUGCUCUGGUUACUACUACGACCUACAAUAACGAGGAAAAAUAAAUUUAAUAACGAACCAUAAAUCGAUAUUUUCAAUAAACAGGAAAUUCUGUAAUUUGACACAUGCGAGCGUGUAGAAAAAAAAGAACGAGAAAGUAAAUCUUAUUUAACCAAUAAAAUCAAUAAUUUAACAAACCUUAAUGUACUGCAAAAAAUAAGGAAGAAGAAAUAUAAAGCACAUAGU